AUGAAUUUAAGUAUUGGUGCUAUGAAAUGCCACAGAGUUAGAGAGUCAUUGUUGAGUACAUCUAGUGGCUUUCAAAAUUUCAGAGGCCUACUUAAUUGGUGUGGUGUCAUGCUGCUAAUCUGUUUUUUAAUUGAGAAAAAAACCUAUGGUAAAACUGCUGUUGAAUCAAAUCACAUCACAUCUCAAUUUUUUAAUUACAUGACACUUUGGCGUGGCUUCAGUUUGGGCAUGCUCCAAAUCGGAGCACACUCCCAAGCGAACACGCCCGACAGAGGCAGAUGCUUCUGGUUUCCACUGCCUGCAGAAUUCAACAGCAGGUCGGGUCGUUCUACAAUAUAUAAUUACAAUUUGAAGCAAAAUGUUUCGAAGGUUUUCACCAUGGGAAGGGCAGCUUUAGAGAAUGUGCUGAAGUACGGGAUUUUGAUCGACCCGGUUAACUGGUACUUAAUUUUUAUUCGCUCCCCAUCAAACUUCCCAAUAAUCUGGAUUUUGAUUGCGUUACUAGCAUCAAUUGCCGUCACCUUCCUCAUUGAGAAAUUAGCCUCUAAGAACUAUCUCUCCGAGGGCUUCGUCACCUUUCUCCACGCCCUCACCCUCGGUUUCAUCAUCGUCUUUCCGGCUGUCAUCGUCUUGAACGUUCACCCACAUCCAUUUAUUUCAUCACCACUGUUGGCCGUCUGCAUCAUCGUCUUCCUUAAGAUGUCCUCCUACGCCCAGACCAACAAAUGGUGCCGCAAACAUCAGCUGAAGAAAGAGAACCAAAAUUGUAAGGCCAGCUGUCUAUUGGCCGACAAACCGGCCAAUCACAAGAGUCCAAGAUUGAGGUCAUUGAGCAUAAGAGCCGACCUGAACGCCAAAUUGCACGAGAUGAAGCAAGUGAACGACGACUACGACAGCAACUACAGCAACCUCAUGGUCGUCACACAACUCCAGGAUUACCCAGAUAACUUGAACGUUAAAGAUCUGGUGUACUUCCUUCUAGUUCCGACAGUUUGUUACGAGUUGAACUAUCCUAGGACUACGAGAAUAAGGCACUGGUUUCUCAUCAAUAGGGCUCUUGAGACGUUGUUUCUCUGGGGUCUUGUACUGAGUCUUAUCCAGCAGUGGAUAUAUCCGAUCAUAUCGAACUCCAUCGUACUUUUCGAGAACAUGAACUAUCCGAUGAUGGUAGAGAGGAUUCUCAAAUUGGCCGUACCCAACCAUCUGAUAUGGUUGAUAACAUUUUACGUUAUUUUCCAUUCCUGGUUCAACCUGCUUGCUGAGCUACUGAGAUUUGGUGACAGAAUGUUUUAUAAGGACUGGUGGAAUUCAGAGAACCUGCAGCAGUUCUGGUCAACGUGGAACAUCCCCAUCCACCGCUACGCUCUCAGACACAUAUACAAACCAUUGUUGGGUAGAGGUGUUAGCAAACCGGUUGCCAACACAAUGGUCUUUAUAGUGUCAGCAUGCUUUCACGAGUACCUGUUUAGCAUACCACUGAAUAUGUUUAGAUUCUGGUUUUUCGCGUCAUUCAUGAUGCAGAUCCCAUUGGUUUUGCUCUCUUCGAAGUUAAACGGUAAAUUGGGCAACAUAAUAAUUUGGUUGAUGCUCGUGUUGGGUCAGCCCGUAGCACUGCUCAUGUAUUCACACGACUAUUACAUCGCCCACCAUAGAAAUAAUACUAUGGUCGAUUGAAUGUUAUAUCGCCACCAUAGAAAUAAUAUUAUGGUCGAUUGAAUGUCAUAUUGUUCAUCAUAGACAUAAUAUGAUCGAUUGAAUGUGAAUGUACGGUGGUUGACUUUUAGAUUGAACGUUAUGUCGCCUGCUAUAUAAAUAAUACUAUGAUUGAAUGUCGUAUCACUCACCGUAAAAACAAUAUUUUGAUUGAAUAUUACAUCACUUAUCAUAU